UUAUUCUUUUUCUCUCCCACUUUACUCAUUGCCCUGUAUCACUGCGUUUUUUGUGCUUUCAUCCAUCUGUUAGCUAAAUUAUUGGUACGUUUUCAGGCUCAGCUCAUCUUGUGGUUCUACCUUCUACAACUCGCUCUCUCAGUACAAUGGCUAGGGCAUUGCUCUUCAUCGCUCUCUGCGUCCUCCCCGCUCUCGUCAUCGCUGCUCGGCCUAACAAGAACCCCUACGAGGUACAAGGACGCGUGUACUGUGACGCUUGCCGUGCCGGUUUCGAGACCUCCGCCAUCUCCUACAUUGCAGGAGCGAAGGUUAGAGUGGAAUGCAACGAUAGGAAGUCCAUGCAACUGGUUUACAGCAAGGAAGGAACAACCGAUUCCACUGGAACUUACAAGAUUCCUGUUAAUGAAGACCAUGCGGAUCAGUAUUGUGAUGCUGUACUUGUCAGCAGCCCCCAGCCUGACUGCAAAGUGGUCUCCCCAGGGCGUGAACGGUCCCGUGUCAUACUCACUGAUUCCAAUGGCAUUGCCUCUCGUCUCCGAUAUGCCAAUUCAAUGGGCUUCAUGAAGGAUAAGGCAUUGUCAGGUUGCGCCCAGAUCCUCAAGCAAUACCAAGAGGAUGAGAAUGAGGAUUAGAGAAGGGGUAUUUUCUGAUGCCUCUAAUUGAUUAAUUAAGCGUUAUCUGCCUAUUAUUGUUAUUAUUAUAUACUUGUAGUACUUUUUUUAAAUUUCUGGAUGUUUUGUUGUUUCUGUGUGUAGAUGAUUGUUAAUGAGACUCAAUCAGUUAAAUACAUGAUGUUUCUGCCUGCA